CUCAUACAGUGCCACUGGCUUUGGUACAAAGGACGUGGAAGCAACUGAGCAAAUAACCAAAUAGUUAGCUCGUUGUGGAAACUGUUGAGCUUCUUUAUAAUUCAACCUCAAUAUUCUCGACCUUAAAGAACCUUGAGAUUACCAUUUUCUUCAAAAAUACAGCAAAACUACAAAGUGCUAUAAACUGGUUGGUGCUUUUAUCAUCGAUCUUCCCAUCAGAGCUGACCAGAUACAACAGCUGUACCAGAAUAUGGAACAACACAUUGUUGUUGGAUAGCUGAGUUCCACCCUCAUGGAGAAGAUGCAGGCCCAGGAGAUGAUGAGCGGCCUGAGGUUACCGGAGCUGGACGACAUCGGCCAGUUCUUCCGCUCCCUGCCGACCUCCACCCUGGUCGGCAUUGGCGCUCUGACCGCCGUGCUGGCGUACUGGCUGGCCACCAGACCCCGGCCCAUCAAUCCACCCUGCAGCCUGCUACACCAGUCUGAGGAGGUUCCUCAUGAAGAUGGUGGUCGCAGGUCCAUGAUGGGCGACGGAUCCAAGCUACUGACUCAUUACCAUGACGAUGCCAGGACCAUGUAUGAGGUCUUCCAGCGAGGCCUCCACAUAUCUGGUGAUGGACCUUGCUUAGGCUCGCGGCUCCCGAACCAGCCUUACAAAUGGCUGUCCUACAAAGAGGUCACAGCCCGAGCCGAGCAUCUGGGCUCCGGCCUGCUGCACCAGGGCUGCCAGCCCAACCCCAACCAGUUCAUCGGAGUGUUUGCCCAGAACAGGCCAGAGUGGAUCAUCUCAGAGUUAGCAUGCUACACCUACUCCAUGGUGGUGGUUCCACUUUAUGACACUCUGGGACCAGACGCCAUACGGUUCAUCAUUAAUACUGCGGACAUCUCCACGGUCAUCUGCGACAAAGUAGAGAAAGCUCAGGUGCUAAUAGACAACGUGGAGCGGAAGGAGACGCUGGGCCUGCGAAGAAUCAUCCUGAUGGACGCCUUCGACAACGCCCUGGUGGAGCGCGGCAGGGACUGCAGCGUCCACGUGCAGGCCAUACAGGAAGUGGAGGCUCUGGGCAGAGAACACUACAGAAAACCUAUACCACCGGCACCAGACGACUUGUCCAUUGUCUGUUUCACCAGUGGAACCACAGGAAACCCGAAGGGGGUCAUGCUCACCCAUGGGAACGUGGUGGCGGAUUUCUCAGGCUUCCUCAAAGUCACAGAUGAAGUCAUAUGCCCCAACCAAGACGACUGCCUCAUUUCCUUCCUCCCACUGGCUCACAUGUUUGAGAGACUCAUUGAGUCUGUGGUGUACUGCCAUGGAGGACGGAUCGGCUUCUACCAGGGCGACAUCCGCCUCCUGCCAGACGACAUGAAGACCCUGCGGCCAACCAUUUUCCCUGUGGUGCCUCGACUGCUCAACCGCAUGUACGACAAGAUCUUCAGCCAGGCUAACAGCCCACUGAAGCGCUGGCUGCUCAACUUCGCUGCAAAGAGAAAAGGGGCUGAGGUCAGCAGCGGGAUCAUUCGCAGCGACAGCAUCUGGGACAAAAUCUUCUUCAGUAAGAUUCAGGCCAGCCUGGGAGGAAGGUUGAGGAUGAUUAUAACAGGGGCAGCUCCUACCUCGCCCAGUGUCCUGGGAUUCCUCAGAGCAGCUCUGGGAUGCCAGGUGUACGAGGCGUACGGCCAGACGGAGUGCACAGCUGGCUGCACCUUCACCACACCUGGAGACUGGACGCCAGGUCACGUCGGAGCUCCGCUGCCAUGUAACAUCAUCAAACUGGUGGACGUUCCUGAUAAGAACUACUUUGCCUCUAAGGGAGAAGGAGAGGUUUGUGUGAAGGGACCAAACGUGUUUAAGGGCUACCUCAAAGACCCAGAGAGGUCGGCCGAGACGCUGGACACAGACGGCUGGCUUCACACCGGAGACAUCGGCAAAUGGUUACCUAACGGCACGCUGAAGAUCAUCGACAGGAAGAAGCAUAUCUUCAAGUUGGCGCAGGGCGAGUACAUCUCCCCGGAGAAGAUCGAGAACAUCUACAUUAGGUGUGAACCUGUGGCGCAGCUGUAUAUUCAUGGAGACAGUCUGCAGUCCUGUUUGGUGGGGAUUGUGGUUCCUGACCCUGAAGUAAUGCCUGGAUGGGCCAAGAAGAAAGGCAUGCUGGGUACUUACAAGGACCUCUGUAAAAACACGGAGCUAAAGAAGGCGAUCCUUGAAGAUUUGGUGCGUUUGGGCAAAGCCAGCGGCCUCCACUCGUUUGAGCAGGUGAAGAACAUCUACAUCCACAACCAGAUGUUCUCCAUCGAGAACGGCCUCCUGACUCCGACGCUCAAGGCCAAGAGAUCCGAGCUGAAGGAGUUCUUCAAGGGGAAGAUCGACCAGCUCUACAACAGCAUCUCCAUGUGAAGGCCGCGGGGCCCACGUUUUUUCCCUCGAGCAUCUUAACACUAAGAUCUGCUUCGACCGCCGACGUGCCAGCGGUCAGAGAUGCUUCACCUUGGGUUUAACGUGCUUCGGGAAAGCAAGUGAAACGUGGCUCUGCUUUGUGAGAUUUAACAGCAGCGAAAUAAAAACAAAUCAAACAAAGAAAUAAAGUGAAAGGUCGUGCACAACGUCGUGGGCAUGUCCUUGUUAUGUUUGCAUUUACUGUGUCAUAAUUAAAUGGAACGACUGUUUUUUUAAGAAGACAGUUAUUUAGCUUCUAGACUUAAUAAUGGAAUUAAUUGCUUUUCAUUAUGACAUGAAUUUUCAACGUCACAUUUAAAAACAGAACAAAACUCCUGAUGGGCUGAAUGUGAGAGCACAAGGAUGGACACAUGUUGCAGUGUAUCUUGCUACGACUUUUAUUCUACCAACAGAAAAAAGGAAGAUGACUGACCUUUUGUACCAUAAAGAUAUUCUCUCGAUCUAGUAAUUAUAUAUACUGCAAUAUUCAUCCAUCCUUAAGUCUCAUUCCAAGUAUGAAUUGGCUUAUUGUCCCUGUGCUGAGCUGUGAUUGAGGAUUUCGUUUUAAAUUGGUGGCACAAACAGAGUAAUGACAGUGCUUCGUGUGCACUGUUGUGUAAUACACCUCUCAGCUUCCUGUGUUUUUGUUUUUAAUGCGACCUGGAAAAUUGAUGUCACAUUAUGAAUUGUGUUAUUGUCAAUUAAAUAUAAAGUUUUCAAUUUCGUUAUGACACAGUGUAAACGUUCAACCCACAUGUAUAAAUGUGUGUCGUUUUUCUUC